AUGUACAUACGAAUUGUUUAUUUUUUUUUUUUAAGAAAGUAGAAAAUAUACAGUAAAUAUAAAAUUGAUGGAAAUCUAUCUUAUUAAAUGGCGUCCUAAAGUACAAUGAAAUUUCUUGGAAAAAACAAAAAUCAUACACACACACACAGACGUUUUUAUUAAUAUUAUAAAAUUACUCAGUAAAUGAGCAUAAAAAUGUGCGAAAAAAACUGUAUGCAAUUAUGUUGUAAAUAAAGAAUGAUUAAGUUUGACAUAUUGAUUGCUUAACAAAUUGGUGCUUGAUCGUCGCUAGUGUAUCAGCUAUUAUCAGUUUUUCUUUUUAAAAUAAUGUCACCUGAAAUAAGAACGAGACGUUUGGCUAUGAACAUAUUUAAAAGAUGAUAAUUAAAAGUGUGUGUUAUGAGACGUGGUAGAAGAAUAUAAUUUUACAUAACGGUGGGGAUACAGUUUUAACGGAAAUAUCUAUCUCCUGGUGCUGAAUGUGAAACUGAUUUUGAUUCCUAUUUCUGCACAAGUUGUAUGCAGGUGGAGAACAGUGACCUUUCGGAAUAGUGUGUCAAGUUUUUAUUGUAUAAAAAAAGAAAUAAGGGAAAAUGUCAAAUGAUGUAUAUACAGAUAUAUGGUACGAUGUCAUUCCACUUCACCAUAGGCCAAAUUUACUUAAAGAAUGUUGUAAAUUACUCAAUUCAGAAUGGCCAAGAAGUGAAACAGCUCGAUUAAAAUCUUUAAGAGUAUCUUGUGAUGAAUUUCCUACGUGUCUGAUUUUAAUAGAUAGAGAAAGUCGAGUACUUGGUCAUUGCAAAGUUUCUUUGAUACCUAAAGUACGUCAUAGUUGUUACAUCGAAUCAGUUGUAGUUGAUAACAAAUCCAGAGCUCAAGGAUUGGGAUCUAGAUUGUUACGUGGAACGGAAGAAUAUGUGGCAAGGAAAGGUAUUAAAAGGGUACACUUAAUAACAAAAGGUCAAGAAAUAUUUUAUAUUAAAAAUGGAUAUAAGAUUUGUGACCCCAUCGAAACGUGUGGAUUUAAAAAAUUUGUACCUCCUAUUACCAAAACCGAAGCAAAGCAUAAAGAAAAAAUUACUACUUUUUCUGGUCCCCCACCCCCUCCAAUGCCACAAUUAGAGUUUGAAUAUUUUGAUAUAAGAAUGCUAUCACAGAAAACACAUAUGGUUAAAAAAUUAUGAUAAUUAUAUUUUAUAGAUUUUUUCAAAAUACCUUUUUUGCAUUUGAAUUUAUUAUUUUUAUGAAGAUAGUCAUCCAAAAUGAUAAUCCUUGAUUGUUCCCGAGUGAUCUAUGACUAAUAUAUGACACAGUUGAUUGAUUGAUUUUAUGUUUUCAAGUAUUAAAUGUUACAAAUAUUUCCUGCA